AUGGGUGCUCCAGCAGGCGAUCACGCCGCCGUUUACGAUGCGGCCCUGAAGCGCCGUCAGGCCCUCAUGGGAGAUAGCGGGUUUCGUGCCCUGCUAAAGAACUUCAGGGUCUUUUCCAUUGCUGCUUUCGCAUGUAUCGGUGGGGUUCUCUACGGAUACAACCAAGGAAUGUUUUCUGGCGUGCUCGCCAUGAACUCCUUCAAGGAGCAUAUGGGUGAAUACGAUCCAUUUGAUCCAAAUGCAAGCCAGACGAAGAAAGGAUGGCUCACGGCUAUUCUGGAGCUCGGCGCCUGGAUGGGGACCCUUCUCUCCUCGUUCAUGGCGGAGACUCUUUCCCGGAAGUAUGGCAUCUUGGUUGCCUGCUGUGUCUUUAUUAUUGGUGUAGUCGUUCAGGCAACCUCCAUCCAGGCGGGACCGUCAGCAAUUCUGGGAGGCCGAUUUAUCACUGGUAUGGGAGUCGGUAGUCUUGCCAUGAUCGUGCCUAUCUAUAAUUCAGAAGUGGCUCCUCCUGAGGUGCGAGGCUCUCUUGUUGCCCUUCAACAGCUGGCUAUCUGCUUCGGCAUUAUGCUUAGUUUCUGGAUUGACUAUGGUACAAACUAUAUUGGUGGUACCGCACGCGGUGAGCAAUCCGAAGCUGCUUGGUUGGUCCCGAUCUGUCUGCAGAUUGCGCCUUGUCUGGUCCUCCUCGUCGGAAUGGCGUUUAUGCCUUUCUCGCCGCGUUGGCUGGUUCACAAUGACCGUGAAGAGGAAGCUCGGCGCAAUCUCUCCAUGCUCCGAGGCCUGCCUGAGCACCAUGAACUCAUUGAGCUGGAGUUCCUGGAGAUCAAAGCGCAAUCUCUCUUUGAGAGGCGGACGGCCGCAGAGAUGUUUCCACAUCUUCAAGAGCGUACGGCUUGGAAUAUUUUCAAGCUCCAAUUCGUUGCGAUCAAGUCGUGCUUUACAAGCAGGGCUAUGCUUAAGCGGUCUGCGGUUGCAGGCAUCACAAUGUUCUUCCAACAGUGGACUGGUAUCAAUGCCGUUCUUUACUACGCACCUACCAUUUUCUCGUCGCUUGGCCAGACAAGCAACACUGUCAACCUGCUUUCAACUGGUGUUGUGGGCAUAGUCAUGUUUAUCGCUACACUACCGGCAGUCUUCUGGGUUGACAAGGUCGGACGCAAGCCCAUCUUGGUCGCUGGGGCUAUUGGUAUGUCACUCUGCCAUUUCGUCAUCGCCGGCAUCGUUGCCACAAACAUGCAUGACUGGGCAGCUGGGCAAGCGGCAGGGUGGGCAGCCUGCGCAAUGGUCUGGUUGUUCGUGGUCCAUUUCGGCUACAGCUGGGGGCCCUGUGCUUGGAUUGUUAUCGCGGAAAUCUGGCCACUGAGCUCUCGUCCCUACGGAACUGCGAUUGGUGCAUCUAGCAACUGGAUGAACAACUUCAUAAUCGGCCAGGUUACUCCGGACAUGCUCCAGGGCAUUACAUAUGGCACCUAUAUCCUCUUUGGCAUGCUGACCUUUACGGGAGCUGGCUUCGUCUGGUUCUUCGUGCCUGAGACUAAGCGUCUGACUCUUGAAGAAAUGGAUAUCGUUUUCGGAAGCGAAGGCGUCGCCAAUGCGGACUUUGAGCGCAUGGAGGAGAUCAACAAUGAAAUUGGCUUGACAAGAAUGGUGCUUGACAAUCCAGUGACCAAUGUCAGCAUGGAGCAGGAAAAAUUGCCCCAACCUACCGCGAAAUCUGCAGCCAUGACCGAGUAA